AUGCUCAUCGAAGAGGCGUCCAGCUCUGAUGAAAUGAAACUCCGCUACAGGGGUGAGCGAAUCAGUAGCGAAGGUAUCGAUGCCUCUUCGAUUAGCGCUCUUCCUGACAGCUGCGAAUUGGACUUAUCCCAUAAGGCAGAUUGCCCCCACACGCGUGUGGAUCUACCGAACAAUGGCUUAGUACCCAACCCUCACGGUAGCAAAUAUAUCAAGUUCAAUUGCUAUGGCAAUGAUGGAACAGAUUGCCAGCCUUCUUGCUUGACUGAAGUUAAUGCUUGCGCUGACAACCAAGAUGCUAAGGAUACGAAGGAGACGGAAACGGCCGGCAGUUUUUCAUCCCUUCAUGAGCCGAUCUGGCGAGACGUCGCUGAUAGGAUGCGAGAGGAUCUGUUGCGCCAGUUCGACGGACUACUCGUCACCGGUUUGGAUACGAUGAUUUCGGGGGUGCUGGCCAGUAGGCAAGUGUUGCUCGCUGAGCAUGAGGAUCAUUGUUACCAUGCCAGGUACGCCUGCUCCAUUAAUGUUUACUUCGGAUCAUUCUUUCCACUAGUAAUCCGUACAUUUCCCAGUCUCUUAACGCUCUUAGCUGGCUAA